UGUGCUUCCAAAACACACACACACACGCACGCACGCACGCACGGAGAGAGUGAAAGCGCGAGCGAGUGUUCUCAAGAAAGGAGCAGUAGGAUGCGCACCGUGUAUGAUUGUCGUGCGGGUACCACGUUUUAUUCUUGUACUUUUAGAAGUGUUUUAUCACACUGUAAAGAAUUUAAACACGCUUUUGGCAUUCUUUUUGUGGGAAGUUGGGACUUGGAACGGACUGGCCCGGAAUACACUCCAUGAGACCGGCGGAACACUCAUAGCAGUGACACUUGGAAAAAGGACCUCUUCAGGCUAGAGACACCACAGAUUGAAAGAGAGGCAGAGGGUGUUUGAGAGAACCACAGUGCCAGUGUGUGUGAAAAAGGGGGAGGGAUGUAUGGCACAUUCAUACUCUCUUCUUUUCUUUUCUCCCUUCAUGCAAGUUGCACUCCACAGUUCCACGUUCAUCAUGGGAGGAGAGUAUGUGCUGGGAAAGCUGACAGAGUAGUUUCCAGCACAGAGUCCUUCCUCCAGCCUGUACACAAGCCCUACCUCACCAUGUGUCCAAACCAGCGUGUCUGUAGCACAUACAAGACGGUGUAUAAAGUCUCCUACAGACAGGUGAGCCGGUUAGAGAUGAGCUCCCACGUUUACUCACAGUGUUGUCCAGGAUGGCGACGUGUCCACUCACUUAACUGUGAUCAGGCUGUAUGUGUGCAGGCAUGUCUUAAUGGUGGUUCCUGCACAAGGCCAAAUCACUGUGCAUGUCCCACUGGCUGGACAGGACGUUACUGCCAGAUAGAUGUGGAUGAGUGUAAGGUGGCACAUGGCUGCAGUCAACAGUGCAUGAACUCUGCGGGAAGUUAUCAGUGUGUGUGCGCUGACGGAUUCCGUCUGGCUGAAGACAGACGAUCUUGUUUAAGCCUUUGUCCUCUUCCUCUUCCUCCUCAUCCAACUGUAGCUACUCAGCCCAAAGUAGACAACUACUUACCCACAAAUAACAAUAGAGGUGAAGCUGUGGAACUGGUGGCAAAUGUUACUGAAGAAGUCCAGAUCCUCAGAAACAGAGUAGAGCUGCUGGAACAGAAAUUGGAGAUGGUUCUUGCUCCAUUUUCCACUCUCUUUCCUCCAGAAGAGGAUGUGGCCAGCAGAAAUGGCUUCCUGUUAGACAGGACUGAGUUCCUGUCAGACCAAAACAACUUCCUGUCACACUCACUGCGGCAGUUGGACAGAAUUGACUCUCUGAGUGAGCAGGUCAGCUUCCUGGAGGAGCGUCUGGGAACAUGCUCUUGCCGAGAAAAUUAGACAACAAAACAAGGCACACCUGCAACUGAACACACCCUGAGUUCAACUUUGUGAGAAACAACAGUAAAACAGACCUAAAAUCGGCAAUUCUUCGCCCAUCAACCCUGUCUUCAAAUACAUUAUAUGUUAAAGAAUAUGUGGACACACACAUUUUAUAUACUAUAUAUAUAU